AUGCCAUCUGGUAAUUAUCGAGCGAGUUUUGCAAAACGAAAUAAAGUGAAAUGUAGAGUGUGUCUACCUGAGGUUCUGCUUCAAAACUAUCGAGUUCACAUACAACGUCAGCACCCAGAAGAAAAACCAAAUGACUUGCGUCCUGCAUGCCAGUCUUCGAUUGUAUCCCUUUUCAAUCGAGUGGAUGGUCCAGUUGGAAGAAAGAGGGCUCGAAACGAUGAAGAAAAUAACGAAGCAAAGAGAGCCUUUGAAGAAACAAUUGAGCCCACUUGCACUGAUGACGUUGGUGAAUCUAGUGAUGACCUUGGUGAUCCCCAUGGUGAGUUCACCGAGUUGGCAAUGACAGUUAUGGCGCCAGAGGUUUCUGAAGACCAGAAAACGUCAGAUCUAGAAAGUAACCUCGAGUCUGAAGCCACAAUAGCGAUUGACGCCACACAAACCCCUUACUUAUUGUCACAAAUCAAUGAGAAACUGGAUAAUCAGCUGUCACUUAAACUCGAUGAGAUGCGUGGUAAUUCCAAUCUGACACUGGAUCAUAGCGGCGAUGAUAGUGCCGCAUUAUAUAUGUCCUCACCUCGUGAAACAGUUCUGCCAGAUAACUUUUUUAUGAAUAGCUGCCGAUCUCUAGAUGAUCUUCUACGCAAGUUCGACGAAUUCCGCUACGACGAAAGGAAGCAAGCAGUCUUGUGCUCUGUAUGUGUACCAGUUACUCAACAUUUGCCUGAACUUACAACUAAUAAAACCUAUUUGGCAAUAUUCAAAUAUGACAACAUUGUCGGUGCUAUCGAACCUCCUGAGAAAGUUUUAUGA